CUUACCAAACUAUCUAUAGUCUCUAAACCAAACCAAACCCUCUACGCAUCAAUAAUGAUAUAAUUAAGCUAUUAGGUCCCAAAUUCCAUCUAACCCUACACCUCUAUUGAUCAUGAUAUCUCAUUCCUCCAAAUUUUCAAAAAAAAAAAAAACCCAAACAAAAUUAAAAGGACACUUGUCAUCCACCACUUAUAUAUAUUUAUAAGUUAGUUCAACUACUAUUAUAUGACUCCCCUCUUCCUAAACAAAAAGAACCCCCAAAUGUCAAAUGACAAACCAAACUUCUCCAAUAAACCAUAUCUUCUUCCCUUCUCUCCCUCUCCACCCCAAAAAAUGGCCGCCACCACCACCACCACCGCCACCACCGACGAUUUCAGCUUCCCCACCACCGCCGAUGCUUCCUCCACCGCCGACGCGGCCGGCUUUGACUCUCCACCUCUCUGGCGGCUCUCUCCCGCCGUCUCUCCAUCUCCCUCUCCAAUACAUCCUCAAUCAUAUUCAUCGCCGCCACCCAUCCAUCGGAGGAGCUUUUCCCAUGCGGCCGAGUACACCAAAGCCAACCAUGAGAACUUCAAUCAAGAUGGAGGGCAGACAAACAUGGAUAUGUUGUGGGAAGACUUCAACGAGGAGCUAUCGACGACGGCGGUGAGCCGAUCCAAGCCUAGGGUCUACCCUGUGCGCGGCCACAGGGGAUUAUUACUGUCGCCGCCACGUCAGAUUAGUGUUAAUGCUACGAAGCAAGGCGGCAGCGUGGACGUGGGCUGCGGUGAAGCCCGGCUGCGGCUGUCACCGAAACGGCGUAGUAUUAGUAAUAAUACUCGGACAACUACUGUUCCUUCCCCGAUGAUCGGCGGCGGCGGCUCGGCGAGGUUGGUGAACAGUAGUGGUGCUAGUAGUAGUGGGAAGCCGGGGUUUGUGGUGCUGAUCAAGGUGUUGAAGAGACUGUUCUUGCUUCACCACCACCAUCACCAUAGCGGUGGUGGAUCACGGAGGGCGUCGCCGCCGGUCAAGGUUAAAAUCAACCGGUCGACAUGGUGAUGGUGCUAUUAUGAUUUAAUUUAAAUAGUGAUAAUGACAUUUUGGUUUUGGGGUUUCGUUUUCGUAUGUGUGUAUUAAUUAUUUAGUGCUACGUGUAUAUACGUGUUUUAUGAUACCGACGAAUAUAAUCAAUGUUCGCCCCCACCGCCGGCCGGCGUGAUAGAUUCUUGAGUUCACAUUCUCUACUCGUCAUCGCUCAUGAGUCAUGAUGACUGAAGUUUUUUUUUUCUUCCUUAGCUAGAUUCUCUGGUUCACAUUCUCUGAUUCUCAUCAUAGAUUUAUGUUUAGUUCAAUCUUAAACUAUUUUGAAUUUAAAGUAUUUAUAUAUAUAUAUGUAUAUGUAUGUAUAUGGUGACGUCUUCGGUGCACUCACUUUUUUGGGUGCAUUCAGUGCACUCGCUUCAUAACCGUCAUUUUAAACAUGCGAUUUAUGUCAAAAUGAUGUCAAUCAUCACUUAUGAUGUGAUGAACAAUAACACACAUGAAUUUGCACAAAAAACCAUUAAAGAUUUACUUUAAUU